AUGAUAGUGUUCUUAGUUAUAUUAUCAAUCUGUACAACUAUCAGUGAUACUUUUCAUUUUAAUGGAGGUACUAUUACAUGGAAACCUAUUGAUCCUACUGAUAAUUCAUCUUCAACAAUAAUUACUAUUACUCAAUCGUAUUCAUGGAUGUAUCCAGAUGUAAAUUGUACCGAAGAUGUACCCAUUACAACUUACAGUCGUCGAUUAGACAAUGAGAAUUUAACUUGUGUAGCAAAUUGUUUAACUCAAGGUGGAUAUUCAAAUAAUCCAGUUAAUAUUCUAACUGAUUGCAUAUCAUCUAGUAUUUCAUUACGCACUAUGACAAGUCAGCGAUCUAUCAAUGUUAGUCUUGAUAUCGGAGCAUAUUUUUCAAUAGCAUUUCAAGCGCCGGGUUGGAGACCACUCGAAAAUUCUAUGGGAAGUCCUCCUGAUUGGUCAAUUGUAUGUGGAAUUGAUCUUCGACGACGUCCGGAUGGUAUUAUCAAUACACCACCUCAAUCAAAUGUCGCCUCACCACAAUAUGUCAUUGUGAAUACAACAAAAGAAAUUCAAAUACAUGUAUCGGAUAUUAACCAAAGUGAUGAUGUACGCUGUCGAUGGUCACAAAAAAACAAUUCACUUGGAACCGAUGAAUGCGCAGAUGUUUGUUAUCCUGAUCUUAUGCCAAAUACAACAAGUUUAUCUAAUUGUGUACUAUCAUUUUUCGGACCAACUCCUAAUGUUUGGUAUGCAAUUGCACUUCAAAUUGAAGAUUUUAUCAACACAACAAGUACUGUUCCAAUGAGUUCAAUACCAAUUCAGUUUUUAAUUUAUGUUUCACCAAUACCAAAAUGUACAAAACCGCCUCUUCUUCUACCUAUAGUUGAUUGUUUAGAAGUUAACAUUAACGUACCAAUUAAUCUGACUCUUUAUGCAUUUAAUUCAUGCAAUAAUACGAAAAUAAUUAUUGGUGAUAUUUCUUCAACAAUAAAUACUGCAGGAGUACAAAUGAGUGAUGUAAUUAAUUCGACAACAAAUACAUCGUUAGUCUAUGUUAUAAUCACUUGGACACCACAAAUCAAGCAUAUUGGUUUACAAUACUUUUGUACUAUUGCUUAUACAAAUGAGAGAGUUCAGUCUGAUCAAUAUUGUAUGACGUUCUAUAUUAACGUUUCAAAUCCAAAUUGUUUAUCAACAACAAUAUCAAAUAUAAUCAUAACAUCAGAACCUGAUACAUCGGCAAUAUCAUUAUUGACAACUGAAGCUACAACAAUGAAUAUCUCAAUAACAAGUACAAUUGCAAACCGGCGUCGACAACGAAAAUACACGGAUCAAACAUUCCAAUUUCAAUUCAAGAGAACAAAUAGACCUUUCUUGCAUAACAAAUUCAUUGAGAUGGAUAAUAAGACGGAUAGUUUUCGCUCACUCACUAAAACAGAAAUAGAUACUGAUCACAGAUCUACAUUGAGUAAUACUCCAGAGUCAUAUGAAGAAACAAAUCCAACGAUCAAUACUGAUCUAGUGAAGAAGUCAGCGAAAUCGGUAGGAAAGGAGACAUUACCAAUCAAAACUCGUAUUACAAAAUUAUCGAGAUCUAAAACCCAUGUAUCACCCUACGUCGAAUCCAAUGAUACAAUAAAAUCAUUUCAUAGUCAAAAUAUUAUCGAUGACAAAUGGAACACCACAGCUAGCGUUAUUUAUUACACAGAUACGGAUAAGAUUGAACCAGUUAACCGAAUUGAUCAUAGAAAUCGUUCAAAUAGACGAUCUUCAAGUGUUGGUAGUGUUACUGUGAAAAAAGUGAAGAGAACAGCGAGUCAGACAAAAUCAACAAAUUCAUUCGUGUUUCAUCGAAUAAAACAAAAAUAA